AUGGGAACCGCAAGUGCGAUGGACACAGUUUGUGGCCAAUCGUACGGAGCAAAGAUGUACGGAAUGUUAGGCAUACAGAUGCAAAGAGCAAUGCUUGUUCUUACACUCUACUCUGUUCCUCUCUCCAUCAUUUGGGCCAACACAGAGCACUUACUCAUCUUCUUCGGCCAAGACAAAUCCAUUGCACACCUCUCUGGCUCCUACGCCAGAUUCAUGAUCCCUAGCAUCCUCGCCUACGGUCUUCUUCAAUGUCUCAACAGGUUUUUGCAGGCGCAGAACAAUGUCUUACCUGUGGUUUUCUGUUCUGGGUUCGUCACUUGCCUUCAUGUGAUCCUCUGUUGGGUCUUGGUGUUGAAAUCUGGUUUAGGGUUUAAAGGAGCUGCCGUGGCGAAUGCGAUCUCGUAUUGGCUUAAUGUCAUCCUCUUGUCGUGUUACGUCAAGUUUUCACCUUCUUGCUCACUGACCUGGACUGGUUUAUCUAAGGAGGCUCUACGCGAUAUCAUCCCUUUUAUGAAGCUAGCUAUUCCUUCCGCACUUAUGGUUUGCUUAGAGAUGUGGUCCUUUGAACUUUUGGUUCUCUCAUCCGGACUUCUUCCGAACCCAGUUCUUGAAACUUCUGUCCUAUCAAUCUGCCUUAAUACAUCAGGAACAAUCUGGAUGAUCCCAUUUGGCCUAAGUGGCGCCGCAAGCACGAGAGUGUCAAAUGAGCUAGGAGCGGGGAAUCCGAAAGUGGCUAAACUUGCGGUUCGUGUGGUCAUGAGCAUUGCAAUUGUAGAGAGUAUACUAGUUGGUUCGGUUCUGAUACUGAUAAGGAAGAUAUUGGGGUUCGCAUACAGUAGUGACCCGAAAGUAGUCUCCUAUGUAGCCUCGAUGUUGCCGAUUCUCGCCUUUGGCCACUGCCUAGACAGCGUCCAAAGCGUUCUUUCAGGUUAUAUUCCUCUCACUAAAAACUACGGAACAGGUGUUGCUAGAGGAUGCGGAUGGCAAAAGAUAGGAGCGUUCGUGAACCUUGGAUCAUAUUAUCUUGUCGGAGUUCCGUUCGGUUUGUUACUUGGUUUUCACUUUCACUUCGGUGGUCGGGGGCUUUGGCUGGGAAUCAUAUCUGCACUCGUCGUUCAAGGUGUAUGUCUUUUCAUUAUCACCUAUUUCACAAAUUGGGCCGAAGAGGUCAAGAAAGCUACAAGCAGAGCUGAGUCGUCUUCGGAUGUGAAGGAUAUUGCAGCCAAUAAUGGGUCAACUAUUAACUCAAGCCGUUGCUACAAUUCGCGAGCUCAGUCUCAUGAUCUCAUCAUCAAGAUGACCACCUCGUCUCUUCCAGACGACGGCUUAACACGACACACGUGGCGGCAGAAUCGAAGCUUACUUCAAUGCAGAAGAGUUUCUUCCCAUGCUCAGAUGGCUAGUGAUGAUGAUGAUCAAUCUGUGACGAUUGAGACAUUUGAUGCUCUGAGUGAAGAAGGGAAAGUAAGAGAGGCAGUAGAAGCUGUCGAGAUCUUGGAGGAUAAAGGCUAUGUUGUGGACUUGCCCAGGCUUCUAGGGUUAGCGAAACUAUGCGGCCAAGCAGAGGCUUUGGAAGAAGCUAGGGUUGUUCAUCAAUGCAUCACUGCUUCGGAUGUUAGAUCUCGCAACAAGAUAAUUGAAAUGUAUUCGGAUUGUGGAUCCGUUGAAGACGCACUGAACGUGUUCGAGGAAAUGCCUGAGAGAAAUUCAGAGACUUGGUGCCUUAUGAUGAGUUGCUUAGCGAAGAACAGAGAUGGUGAGCUAGCGAUCGAUAUGUUCACACGCUUCAAAGAGGAAGGGAACAAACCGGACAAGGAGAUAUUCAAAGCGGUCUUCUCCGUGUGUGCUUCGCUAGGCGACAUUCACGAAGGGUUACUUCAUUUCGAAGCAAUGUACAGAGACUAUGGCAUCGUCCCUUCCAUGGAAGACUACGUGAGCGUAACGGAGAUGUUGGCAGCAACUGGUCAUUUGGAUGAGGCAAUGGAGUUCGUCGGGAGAAUGAACGUGGAACCGAGCGUUGAAGUGUGGGAAACACUGAUGAAUCUCUGUUGGGUUCAUGGUGAUCUUGAGCUUGGAGAUAGGUUAGCCGAGCUAGUGAAGAAACUAGAUGCCGAAAGGAUGAACAAAGAGUCAAACGCAGGUCUUGUAGCGGCGAAAGCAUCAGACUCUGCUAAGGAGAAACUAAAGGAAAUGAUUGAAAUGCGACGAUAUCCUCGAUGGAAGAGAGGACAGGGUAAUGAAUCAUCAUCAAACUCUAGCAGCUUCGAGGAAGACGAUGGACUUGUAGACGCACCAGACGCAUUCUUCUACGACUGCUUCUCGUCCCACUACGAUUCACACCGUCUCAACUCGUCUCCGGGACGAAACCCGAGCUGUUUCGUUAUGGAUACUGAUCCGUCUCCCUCUUCUACUACUACAUCGGAAUCUUCUGGAGCACCGAGCACCGUGGACAAAAUUGACGAGCUUUCGUUCGAAACAGUUGAGACGGAUGUCCAUGUAAUUGACUCAGGAAAUGACCCAAUCGACCCAUUACCGGAAAAAGAGAAGGAUUUUGAAGCAACCGAGUCGUGUGUGGAUACGGAAAAGAAUAUGGAUGUGACUGAUUCGGGUCGACACCGAGUUGACCCGUUUCAUACUGAGUCGAAUAGCAUGAGCGGCGAGAAGAACUCUGGAAACUUCACAGAGACCACCGUGAAUGAUGCCGGACCAGCACCGCAGCUCCGGGGAGAAGCCACUUCGACGGAUUGGUCUCUCCUUGGGUCUUUGACAGUGUUAGUGAUCAGAUCAAUCGAAUUUCAAGUGAGUCUGAUGUUUAGCUUUAUAAAGUUUCCUCCUUGGUUAGUUCAUAGCUGCUUGAACUUCGUUUCCGAUCCUUAUCGAACAAUGAGGCGUGGCAGACGCUAUUUGAUUUCGAAAACUGUAGAGUUAUGUGAUUUAGGGUUAAAAGAUGAUAAGCCAGUCUUGGAGGUUCUGCGCAGGUUAGCAUUGGGUUUGUUCUGGGCUGUUUAUGUAGGAAUCAUGUUGUUCGCUUUGUUGGUUUCUGCGUUCAUGAUUAGUGGUUUUGUGAUGAGCCUUUUGGCUCAUGAGCCAGUGGUGAUCAAAGAGAGCUUGAAUUUUGACUACACCAAGAAUAGUCCAGAUGCUUAUGUUCCCAUUAGCUCGUGUGCUGGUAUUGGCUGUGAUUCGAGUAUCAGAGGCUUGACAGUUAACAGUCCAGGUCACAGGACAGAGAUCAGUGUCUCAAUGACAUUGCCUGAGUCCGAGUACAAUAAAAAGCUCGGGAUGUUUCAGGUUCGUGUGGACUUUUUAUCCGAGAGUGGUCAAAUCCUUGCUACUUCAAGGCGGCCUUGUAUGGUAAGAUUUAGAAGCGAGCCUAUCCGUCUUGUCCAGACUUUCCUAAAGAUUGGUCCGCUUGUCACGGGCUACGUCUCUGAAAUCCAAACCUUGAACUUGAAGCUCAAAGGCUUUGCCGAGAAGGAUAUUACUCCUACUGCUGCUUGCUUGAAGAUAAUGAUCGAACAACGAGCAGAGUUUCGUCCUGGUGCAGGUAUCCCAGAGAUUUACGAUGCGUAUCUGUUGCUUGAAUCCGAGCUUCCUUUCUUCAGAAGGAUCAUAUGGAACUGGAGGAGAACUUUGUUCGUUUGGAUCAGCAUGAGUUUGUUUAUUACGGAACUGCUUGUCGUCUUGGUUUUCUUCAGAUCUCUGAUCAUCCCAAGAACAGGUCAGAGAACACAGCAAAGAGAUGGAACUUCUUCCGUCAACAAUUAA